UUUAUUUUACCUACUUUUCUUUAUUUUAUAAGUAGCAGACAGCGAGGUAGACCAAAGUCCAAACCCGUCUGGGUAACAAUUUCCUAAAGGUCCUCCUCUAUAUAUGUUCCCCCUGCAUGCACUUCAUCAAUUGAUAAUAGCAUUGAAAAUGGGCCGUGCCUUGGUAGGAUCAGCGGUGGCUGUAGCCGUAAUAAGCCUGAUGAUCAGCUCCGCCAUCGUCCAUUGCGCCAUGGAUCCUCCAGUUCAAUCGCCAAUCAAUUCAGCCGCCAGGGAAUUUCUGGAGGCUCACAACCAGGCAAGAGCCUCAGUAGGAGUUGGUCCUCUCAAGUGGAGCGAGACGCUUGCAAAUGCCACAGGUCGAGUUGUGAGAUACCAGAGAGAUAAAAUGGGUUGCCGUUUUGCGGAGCUGAACGAUAUAAAAUUCGGUGCCAACCAGUUUUUCGGUGGUGGAUCAAGUAGUGGAUGGACGCCUCGCAUGGCGGUCGAUAAGUGGGUGGGAGAGAAGAAGUACUACAACUAUACCAGCAACACGUGCGCGGCCAAUGAGAAAUGCGGCACGUACACGCAGGUGGUGUGGAGGAAUUCGACGGAGUUGGGUUGCUCCCAGGCUAACUGCGUUAAAGAAAUGGCCAGUCUCAUCGUUUGUUUCUAUAAUCCUCCUGGCAACUAUGUAGGAGAGAGACCUUAUUAACGCACUUCUGUAUGAAUAAAUAAUUUUAUGGUCCUUCUAAUA